CCUUCCAUCAUGACUGAGGACGACUACGACAAACUCUCUUCCGAGGAAAGGGAGGCCCGCGACAAAGCCGAUCGCGAGCGCGAGCGGAAAGAGCAAGCUGCCUUGCCAUACAAAUGGCGGCAAGAACUCGGAGAACUCGACCUCGAAGUCCCAGUUCCGAAAGGAACCCGCGGCAAAGAACUGACAGUUGUCAUUCAGAAGAAGAAGCUCAGCGUUGGUCUCAAAGGCCAGGAGCCGAUCCUUGAAGGCGAAUUAUGUAAAGAAAUCAAACUCGAUGACAGCACUUGGUCCCUUGAGGACCAGGAGACUGUACAUAUUCACCUAGAGAAGCUGAACAGUCAACAAUGGUGGGAGAACGUACUUACUCAUCAUCCUAAGAUCGACACACGCAAGAUCCAACCGGAGAACAGCAAGCUUAGCGAUCUUGAUGGAGAGACUCGUGGUAUGGUUGAGAAAAUGAUGUUUGACAAUCAACAGAAACAAAUGGGGAAACCUACCUCCGAUGAACUCAAAAAGAUGGAGGCUCUGAAGAAGUUCCAAGCUGCGCACCCCGAGAUGGACUUCUCGAACGCCAAGAUAUCAUAAUGUCUUAAGUGGUGCAUUGCCGCAAGCAAUAGAGCACUUUGUAAGAUCAGCCUAAAAUAUAAUUUGUAACGGCGACGAUGUGUGUUCUUGAAGAUACGAUGUCCAUAACAACUGAUUAACGGCAAUGAUGCGCAUACCUUCACCCCAUCCAUACCUCGACAUUGCCUGAUUCGCUCCCCGUGACAAGAACUGCGCCGUUCAAGCCACACGUGGACGUACUGAUAGCUCUGCCGCCCUCUGGACCUCCGUUCAUGAUGUACCAGCUUGGAAGCGAUGUGGAGGGAGUCGCACGGCGUUCAGAGCCAUUGCUUUCUCCUAUAGUUAACUGUUUCGCCAAAAUAGAUGUAACUUCUAGGUCUGUGUCACAAGAUGGGACCCGGGACUUGAUAUGGGCCACAUUGAUGAGUCGAACACCGUGAGAUGAAGUGAGCACGACGACCUUGUCGCCUCCCUUUGUACUGUGUACGCUCAUGUCUCGCGUAGUCUGCGAAACGGGGAAUGUGGUAAGAAGUUUGUAUGACGAGCUUUCCUGAUAAUCUGAUGCACAUCCUCUGAAUACUUGAGACCUCAUUUCACGUUGUUUAUCGGGAGGAAAGUAUCGAUUGAAUCCCACCCAUUGCCAUACAGCGACAACUCCGUUCUCUUGGAAAAGACCAUCUUUGUGCCUUCCGGACCGUUUCCAAGCUGGUGAGCUACAUGAUAUCAGUAUGUCAUCUUCAAGCCACUGAACGGAGAACACGCCCGC